GGGCGGCCGCGGAUCAUGUUGGGUGCCAUGAUGUACCCCGGUGUGGAAGACGAGCUCGGUGACAUGCGCGUACCGCCGAUACAACUCGAACACCUACCCGAAGUGCUCCUAUCCAGUAUACCAAAGUGCGGGGGAUGUCACGAGAUGAUAGUGGAUCGGUACGUGCUGAAGGUUUCGGACCGAACUUGGCACGCCGGAUGUCUGCGGUGCGUUGAAUGCCGAGCAAUGCUAUCAGGCAAAUGCUUCGCAAGGAACAACCAGCUGUAUUGUACCGAGGACUUCUUCAAGCGCUUCGGCACGAAGUGUGCGGGCUGCGGGCAAGGGAUCCCGCCAACACAGGUGGUGCGACGGGCGCAGUCACACGUCUACCACCUCCGGUGUUUUGCUUGCGCCGCGUGUGCGAGGACCUUGAACACCGGAGACGAAUUCUACCUAAUGGAGGACGGGAAGCUUGUUUGUAAACCGGACUAUGAAGCGGCGAGGGCGAAAGGUGAGGGGUCCAUAGACGGGGACGCCGCUAGCAAACGGCCGCGUACCACAAUAACUGCCAAGCAGCUCGAAACGCUUAAAAGCGCUUACAGCAGUAGUCCAAAGCCCGCGCGCCAUGUAAGAGAGCAGCUGGCACAGGAUACCGGCCUCGACAUGCGUGUUGUCCAAGUCUGGUUCCAGAAUAGGAGAGCAAAAGAGAAGCGGUUAAAAAAGGACGCCGGACGAACUCGCUGGUCGCAGUACUUCAGGUCCAUGAAAGGUGGAGGCAGUGGUUCGCCGAGACACGACCGGCUCCUGGACAAGGAUGAGCUUAAAAUUGACUUGGAUUCCUUUAGUCAUCACGAGCUAAGCAAUGACAGCUACAGCACAGCGGCGUUGGGAGGCGAGGAAGGUUCUCCCGCAGGUGGAGCGACGGGGACGCGGUUUGGCGCCACACCUCCGUACCUUCGAGCACAUUCACCACCGCAUGCGCAUUACCACUAUCCGCCCGACCACCUCGUUUACACCAACAUUGGUCAAGCAAUGAGCGGCGUUGGACUCGCUGGAGCUGGCGGUGCAUCUGACAUGAGCAGCUCGUCUUCCCCAGCAGCGGGAGGGUACCCGGACUUUCCCCCGUCACCAGAUUCUUGGUUAGGAGAGCCGCACCACUACUCCCCGCGAGGCUAUCCCUAGCGGCGGCCACCACCGGCGCACACGCAGCCCGCGCCCCCGCCGCUCCCCGCACCCUGCCCU